AUGGGCUCUCUUCACAUUCCUCCUCCCGCCGCGGGGAAUGCGAGAUCCGACGAUUCCGCCUCCUCCUCCUCGAACUCUCGAUACACACCCGUCUCCAAUGAUCCGGAAGAACAAGAACAAGAAGAAUAUGACUACUCGGCUUCACGGUUGGGGAAAGCGCCUAUGGGAAACUUGCGAUUACAGACGGAUUUCGAAGAAGAUGCGGAGACGGGCGAGCCUGUUUCCGAAGACGAGGAUAAUCGAUAUGAUUCUGAUGAGGAUAUCGAAGGAAAGACAGGGCGAGCUGUGGAUGGUCCGAAAUACACACCAGAUGAAGAAAAAGAAGUUGUUUCGGUAUUUGAUCGACGCCUAGUACCAUUUUUGGCCUUACUUUAUUUGCUGGCUUUCCUAGACCGUUCAAAUAUCGGAAACGCAAAAAUCGCCGGUCUACAAGAUGAUCUAAACCUCUCAUCUUCGCAAUAUGAAUGGUUACUUACCGCAUUCUACAUCACCUACAUCCUCUUCGAAUGGAUGACCCUUAUGUACCGCCUGGUACCACCGCAUAUCUAUAUAUCCCUCUGUGUUUGUGGAUGGGGCCUCGUGGCAUCAUUUCAAUGUCUCGCCACUUCAUUCUGGGGACUUGUCGUCCUCCGUGCUCUGCUCGGAAUUACCGAAGCGGCCUUUGGCCCCGGUGUUCCGUUUUAUCUAUCACUGUUCUACAAGCGUGACGAACUUGCAUUUAGAAAUGGGCUUUUUAUUUCAGCGGCUCCUCUGGCGACCUCUUUUGCGAGCACCCUGGCUUGGAUCAUCGUUAAGAUCAGCAGCAAUGGCGCUAUCUCUCCCUGGCGCAUUCUCUUUUUGGUCGAGGGCUUCCCCAGCGUCAUCGCUGCUGUUUUUGCCUGGAUAGUAAUUCCGGACUCUCCUGGUCGAGCUCGCUUUCUGACCCGCCGACAGCGAGGCAUUGCUCGACUCCGUCUUGAAGGGGAAAAGCCCGAACCCCAACAUUCGCAGGAGCAGCAGCAGUUUAACUGGGGGGAAAUUAAGAAGACACUUGCCGACCCCAAGGCAUACAUGGCUGCUUUUAUGUUUUUCAGCUGCAACGUUGCCUUCAGUUCCAUGCCGGUGUUUCUCCCCACUAUUAUCAAAGACAUGGGAUAUGACUCUCUUCAUGCUCAAGCGCGUUCCGCACCCCCAUAUCUUGUCGCAUUUGUCGUCGUCCUCAUGACAGCUUACGCCUCGGACCGCGCACGCACACGAAGCCCUUAUCUCAUCGCACACGCCCUCAUCUCCUCUGCUGCGUACCUCGCCAUCGCGUUGACGGGUUACUUCCACGAUCACAUCUCCCCCGGGCUGAGCAUCUUUAUCCGAUACAUUUGCGUGUUCCCAGCCACGGCGGGAUUUUUCUCAGCAAUCACUUUAAUCAUCACCUGGUCAAUGGAUAAUCGAGUCGAGAAGGAAGGUAAAGGAGCUAGUAUCGCCAUCUUGAAUGUCAUCGGGCAGUGUGGGCCAUUACUUGGAACACGAUUAUACCCCGAGUCCGACGGCCCAUGGUACGUUCCUGGUAUGGCAAUCUGUUCGUUUUUCAUGGUCGUCGUCGCUAUAUUGGCCCUUGUGUUGCGGAUCUUGUUACAGAGAGAGAACCGGGCCGUUGCCGAUGAUGAGGAUCACGGGACUGUGGACCCGGGCGAGGAGCGAGAAGAGCUUAUGGGCGGCGGAAGAAGGGAUGACCUUGAAGGAUCUGGUGAUCAAAGGCUUGUGUAUAUCAUUUAG